AUGGAUACAGCUCUAAAACGCCAUAAGCACCUUCACAACCCUCCAUCACCAACUCGCCAUGAAACCCUAGCCAAUGUCGAUAACAAUGGCGCAGAUAGAAUCAGCAAUUUGCCAGAAUCGAUUCUCUGUCACAUCCUCUCCAAACUCCCCACCAAAUUCGCCGCCGGCACAACCAUCUUAUCCACCAAAUGGAACAACCUCUUUGCUUCAAUCCCCAAUCCCACCAUCGACAUCGACGAUUCUCUGCUCUUGAAUCCCCACAACAACACCACCAAUUCCAAUUUCAUCAAUUUCAUGAACCAUUUGUUCACAGUCACUCUCAUGGACGUCCCAACUAUUCACAAACUCCAUCUCCAGUGUCAUCACGACUAUGGCUAUUCAAACAUUGAUGAAUGGGUAUCUAUUGCUUGGCUUUCGUUGUUCUUCAAUGUGAAGAGCACUAAUGUGUCAAUUCCUGGUCUUUUUGACUCCACAACGCUUGUGGAUUUGUUGUUGAGCCAGCACUAUGAAUCGUUCGAGAGGGUUGUUGAUGGAUGCCCUGUUCUUGAAGAAUUGUCUUUGGAUGGUGUUGAAUUUGAGGAGAUUGAACCUCUUCGUAUCUCUUCAACCGACCUUCCAGACUCUAACAAGGGUGCUGGAGAAGACUAUCUCAUUGUCUCGGACAGCUGGGAGUUUGUGCCAGAUGAUGAUCUCCACCUAUUUUCCUUGCGCCGAGGAGAUUUUAGAAAAGAUGAGGUGCUUCCUCAGUUGAGCAAAUUAUUUCGAAAGUCGUACGUCCAGAGCCCCGACCUGAAAUAG